GUAGCUCCUUGCUCCAAUUUUAUAUGGUCUCAAAAUCUUAUACUGCUACUGCUAUCCCCAAUGAACUCCCUUCCUUUCCAUUUAUCAACUCUGCAACUCUAGGCUAACAUCUUCUAAAAUUCAACUGCUGCCUUGGCUAAAAGAAAGUUUCCCUCCCUCUAUUUUAGUUCAUGUAUUUACUCGUAUAGCUUGCAUAUUUUGAGGAAAGGCAUAGAUAUUUAUGGAUGACAAGGAGGUGGAGGAGAGGUUUGCCGCAAAAAAAGAUGAUGAUUUGAAAACAAGAGUUUGGAUUGAAUCAAAGACGAUAUGGAGAAUCGCAUUCCCAUCAAUAUUGUCAAGGGUAACUUCAUUUGGAAUGGUGGUGGUCACUCAGUCAUUUCUUGGUCACAUUGGUGAGGUUGAGCUUGCCACAUAUGCACUCAUACAAAGCAUUCUUGUCAGGUUCAUGUAUGGGAUACUGAUUGGCAUGUCGAGUGCAACCGAAACUCUAUGUGGGCAAGCGUUCGGGGCAGGGCAUCACCACAUGAUGGGGAUUUACCUGCAACGGUCAUGGAUCGUUGACGGCAUUACAGCAACAAUAUUGGCACCUGUCUUCAUUUUCGCAACACCAAUCCUUCGGCUUCUCGGCCAGGAGGAGGAGCUCGCGGUUGCAGCGGGGCCAAUCUCUCUAUGGUUCAUUCCAAUGAUCUAUAGCUUCGUGGUCUCCAUGACUAUCUCAAUGUUCUUACAAGCACAGCUCAAGAAUUUGAUCGUGGGAUGGCUAUCGAUGGCAGCAUUCGUGGUUCAUGUGUCUUUGUCGUGGAUCUUCGUGAACAAGUUCAAGUGGGGCGUGAAUGGCGCAAUGGCAGCCAUGAAUAUGUCAGGUUGGAUAAUGGUUGUGGGGCAACUGGUGUAUGUGUUUGGUGGAUGGUGUCCUAAUACAUGGAGAGGAUUCUCUAUAGCUGCUUUCUUUGAUCUAUUGCCUGUUGUGAAGCUCUCCAUAUCCUCUGGUGUCAUGAUUUGCUUGGAACUAUGGUAUUAUUCCAUCCUCGUCUUAAUGGCUGGAUACAUGAAAAAUGCCACCAUCGCCAUUGCUGCUUUCUCCAUCUGCCUGAAUAUCAAUGGAUGGGAAUUUAUGGUCUGCCUAGGCUUCCUAGUUGCAGCAUGUGUUCGGGUGUCGAAUGAACUGGGGAGAGGAAAUGCAAAGGCGGUGAAAUUUGCAAUAAAAACAAUACUUGGGACUUCAACAAGUAUAGGAAUUGUGCUGUGGAUAUUAUGUAUGGUAUUCAGAAAUCAAAUAUCAUACUUGUUUUCCAGUGAUGAAGAAGUUGCAGAAACAGUAUCAAGUCUCUCAAUUUUUUUUGCUUUCGCAAUUUUACUCAACAGUGUUCAGCCUGUACUCUCAGGUAUCGCCACAGGGGCUGGUUUGCAAAGCAUAGUAGCAUAUGUGAACUUGGGAUGCUAUUAUAUAAUAGGAAUACCAAUGGGAAUUUUGGUUGGAUAUAUUGCAGAUCUUCAAGUUAAGGGACUGUGGAUUGGAUUAAUGAGUGGAGUGGUAAUGCAAUCGCUUAUUCUAGGUUGGUUUGUAUGGAAAACAGAUUGGGAUGAGCAGGUAAGAAAAGCAUCUGAACGUCUCAACCGAUGGUUAUUGAAACCGCCAGAGGAAGCUAAUGAGAGUCCAUUUGAUGCUUGAAACAAAAUGAAUAUAUAUUACAAUGGUUACAUCAUGUUAUUAUUACCACUUGUAAAAAUUGUGGAUUUUAGUUUUUCUACUUUAAUUUAAUCAAUUUUAGUUUAUGCGUUUUUUAAAAUUCGAUC